UCCUAGCCACUAGCUGUUGGUCGUCUAACUCGGUUCACACACCACCAGAGCUUGGCCAUUUUUUUGGCUCCUUCCUGUCUCCAUUGCCGACAGCUAGAGCUCGAUCGUUACAGGGCACUACUAUCUGCAGCAGCAGCAGCAGCUCUCCGUCUCCUCUCCGCGCGCGUCGCACGUCGUCUCGAGAUCAUCUCGCACACGGCGGCGUCGCUCCGCCGCUAGGCUGAGCUGAGGACGGUGGAGGAGCUGAGGGAGUGGAAAAGAUUAGAACGAAGGUGAAGCUAGCAGUGAGAUGAGCUGCAACGGCUGCCGCGUGCUGCGCAAGGGCUGCAGCGACGCCUGCGUGCUCCGGCCCAGCAUCGAGUGGAUCGACGGCGCGCAGCCGCAGGCCAACGCCACCGUCUUCGUCGCCAAGUUCUUCGGCCGCGCCGGCCUGGUCGCCUCCCUCGCCGCCGUCCCGCUGCACCACCGCCCAGCCCUGUUCCGGUCCUUGCUGUACGAGGCCUGCGGGCGGACCAUCAACCCGGUGAGCGGCGCCAUCGGCCUCAUGUGGACGGGCAACUGGGACCUCUGCCAGGCGGCCGCCGACGCCGUCCUCCGCGGCGAGUCCCUCCGCGCGCUCUCCACCAUCCCCGCCGCGUUCACGGACCGCGACAUGGACGGCCUCUACGGCAACGUCGGCGCCGCCGCCGCGUCCUCCUCCUCGCCCGAGAACUCCUCCUCCGCGCCGUCCAGGAAGCGCAGAAGGAACAACAACGGCGGACUCGCCUUCAACGCCGCCGCCGUGCCCGCCUGCUGCGCCUGCCAGAACCCGCCGCCGGGGCUGCUGCAGUCGUGCGAGCUGGACCUCUGCCUGACGCCGGCGUCGCCGAUGGCGGGAUCAGGGCGUCGGGGCUGCGGCGGUGGCGGCGCGUCGGACGAGUACUCCGCCACGACGACGUGCGAGGACCUGCAGGCCACCGGCGACGUGGAGGCGGCCAGGGCGCCGGCGCUGCUGAACCUCUUCAACUGACUGACCGUACCAUCGCCCUUCUUCUUUCUUCCUUGUAAGAAGAUGUGUAACUGUGUAGAGAGAAUUCACCAGGGUGUGGUAAUUAGUUGCAGGAAUCGGUCGGUGGUGGUUAAACUAAGCUUUUUUUUGGGGGGUGUGAAAAUGGAUUUGAAGCGAUCCGGCCAGCUGAUUCGAGCGGGUUCAGCUGGUGAAUUAACGAGCGUGUUGGUUCGCUAGAGAAAACAUGGGCUGGUGUAGCAAAGGGUGCGUGAUGCAUAGGUGGAUCGGAUUAACAUCGAGCUGUUUGUAAGGUCCGUAUCUCGAUCAGGUUGAGAGAACCAAGGCCUUAUUUGCAAUUCAAGGUUUUCCUUUUUUUGAUCUUGGGAGGGGCAGAAAUCUAAAAUGAAGGAAUGGGAAAUUCAUGA